GAAGUUGGAAGUAUCAUUGGGAAGAAAGGAGAGACUGUCAAAAAAAUGAGAGAGGAAGAUAUCCUGGCAUCUAUGAUAAACAGCACCGUGACAAGCAGGCCUCCUGUGACACUGCGCCUCGUUUUCCCCGCCAGUCAGUGCGGUUCACUCAUUGGCAAAGGAGGCUCGAAGAUCAAAGAGAUCAGAGAGAGCACAGGUGCCCAGGUCCAGGUGGCAGGAGAUCUACUGCCUGACUCGACUGAGCGAGCCGUGACCAUCUCAGGCACCCCUCAUGCCAUCACACAAUGUGUGAAACACAUCUGCACCGUCAUGCUGGAGUCGCCACCUAAAGGAGCCACCAUUCCGUACCGACCCAAACCCACCGCGGGUGGCAGCCACACAGUGUUGUCGCAACCUCAUGCUGCGUCG